AUGGCAUGGCUGUGCAUAACAUUCAUUCAGACUUCUUCCCUUGCUCUGAAACCAGCCCGACCACCAGUUUUCCAGAGAAAACCUUUUAUAGCUGCCUGCGCUCUGACAGACCUGUGCUCCCUGAGAUACAACAUAAUACUGAACUUGAAAAUGUUCCAUAUAAUUGGAAGCCCAUUAGCUACAGCAAGAGGACAGAAAGUGACCGUAUUUUAUUUUAAUAGGCUUGGCUAUUAUCCUUGGUACACAUCACAGGAAAUCCCUGUUAACGGUGGCCUACCGCAGAACUUCAGUCUGCAAACGCAUCUGGAAAAAGCUGGCCAUGACAUUAACUAUUACAUCCCAGCCAAGGACUUCAAUGGAUUAGCUGUUAUAGCCUGGGAGUACUGGAGGCCUCAGUGGGCUCGCAACUGGGACACAAAAGAUGAUUACAGAAGAAAGCCCAGGAAACUUACUUCUGAAUUGCAAGGGAAUAUUUCAGCAAAUGAUGUUGAGCAUUUAGCCAGACUUUCCUUUGAAAAGAGUGCAAAAGCUUUUAUGAAGGAAACAAUUGCAUUAGGAAUGAAAAGCACACCAAAGGGCCUGUGGGGAUACUAUUUAUACUCUGACUGUCACAAUUACAAUUUCCAUGAUCAGAACUACAGUGGUUCCUGCCCAAAGAGUGAAGUUUUGAGGAACAAUGAACUUUUCUGGCUCUGGGAUAGCAGUGCAGCCCUGUAUCCUUCCAUUGGCAUUAAGAAAUCCCUUGGAAACAGUCAAAACAUUUUGCACUUUUCUCAGUUUAGGGUGAGUGAAUCCAUAACGAUUUCCUCCAUGACAUCUCAAGAUUAUGCUUUGCCUGUAUUUGUGUACACUCGACUAGGUUAUAGAGAUGAACCUUUAUUAUUUCUGUCUAUGCAAGAUCUUAUUAGCACUAUUGGAGAAAGUGCUGCCUUGGGAGCUGCAGGCAUUGUUAUUUGGGGAGAUAUGAAUUUAACUUCUUCAGAGAGCAACUGCACAAAAGUGCAACAAUUCCUUGGUUCGGCAUUAGAGCCCUACAUUAUCAGUGUAACAACAGCUGCUGAAGUGUACAGUAGGCAUCUUUGUCAGGACAACGGAAGAUGUGUACGAAGAACCUGGAAAGCCCAGGAGUAUUUACAUUUGAAUCCUAAGAAUUUCAGGAUAGAAGCCUCAGAGGACCAAGGAUUUAUUGUGAGAGGAGAAGCAUCAAAUGAAGAUCUGGAAAUAAUGUCAAAGAAAUUUGUCUGCCAUUGCUAUCAAGGUUAUGAAGGAACUGACUGUACAGAAGCUAAAGUAGCUGAUGAACAUCCAGGGGGUUCUGCAGAUUCUGUCUUACACGGAAGGUUUUCAGUGAUCUGCUUGCUUUCUUUGCCUUUGAUUAGCAUGUUCUAA